AUGCCCCAGUUGAGGAACAGGGAUGUGCCGAUACGUUGGCAACUGUGGAAGUACCGAAAAAACAUCGUGGCCAUACUAACACCUCUUCUAUUAUCGCCCGUGUUGAUCGUUCAUUCAACGCAAGUUGCGAAAUGCGCAUUCGCCAUCUUGGUGAUGGCCGUCUACUGGAUGACCGAGGUGAUCCCUAUGGCGGUCACUGCCCUCCUGCCCAUCGUCUUCAUGCCCUGGUUUGGCAUCAUGGACUCCAGAGAUGUUUGCGAACAUUAUUUGAAGGAUGCAAACAUGUUGUUCUUUGGUGGGCUGUUGGUCGCAGUGGCUGUUGAGAAGUGGAACCUUCAUAAGAGGGUGGCCCUCAGGGUGCUCAUGCUGGUCGGCUCCAAGCCAUGCUGGAUCAUGUUCGGCUUCAUGAACGUAACCGCCUUCCUCUCGAUGUGGCUGAGCAACACGGCCACAACCGCCAUGAUGAUCCCGAUCGCACACGCCGUCCUCAGAGAGUUGGGCGAGCACAGGAAGAGGGUGAGGGAAGCUUCCUACGCCGUUCUGCCCUACAACGCUGCAGGUCUCACAACGCAGGGGGAGUCGAUGAGUGAGGACCGCCCGGACGCACCUCCAAAAGAUCGGCAGUUCAAAAAUUUUGGCAGGGCCCUCAAACUGAGCAUCGCGUAUGCCGCAAACAUCGGAGGGACUGCCACACUGACAGGCACGGGACCAAACAUCGUUCUCAAGGGCCAGACUGAUUCGUUAGUUUGUUUUCCAGAUUGCUCUGGCAACGCGGGCAUCAACUUCAGUUCCUGGUUUGUUCUUGCACUUCCCAACAUGUUCCUGGCUCUCGUGCUCGCCUGGCUCUGGCUGCUUCUUCUCUUCCUUGGUCCCAGAAAUUCCUUCCGUCCAUCAUCAACCAAAGAGGAGGAGGCAAAUGCGAACAUCGAGACGGCAGCCGACGUCAUUCGCAGGGAGUACAGGAGGCUCGGUGGCAUCAGCUUUGCGGAGGUAGCAGUCCUCUUGCACUUCCUGGUCCUGGCCGGUCUCUGGCUCUCGAGAGAACCUGAGUUCGUGCGAGGUUGGGGAAGUCUCAUGCCGAAUGAUUACGUGACAGACGCAAGUGUGGCCAUAACAAUCUCAGUGUUCCUCUUCAUCAUUCCGAGCAGUCUGCCUGACUUCUACGAGGACUCGCCAACCAACCAGCACCAUCAUCAGCACAAGUCGUCUUCGUCAACCGCCCUUCUUGAUUGGUCCUCCGUGAACAAGCAGAUGCCCUGGGGUGUCCUACUUUUGUUGGGGGGUGGAUUCGCCCUGGCAGACGCUUGCAAGAACUCCGGUUUAUCGGGCCACAUAGGCGAGAUGUUGAUCAGCUUUCGAGAUUUGCCCAUCUUCCUCAUCAGCGUCAUCCUCUGCCUCAUCACCAUCACCCUCACCACCUUCACCAGCAACGUGGCCACCGCCACCAUCUUCAUGCCCAUACUCGCCGAACUGGCCGAACUAGUGCACGUGCACCCAUUGUACUUAAUGUUCCCGGUGACGAUUUGCGCGUCCUUUGCGUUCAUCCUUCCAGUGUCGACACCUCCGAACGCCAUCGUGUAUGCGCACGGCGACAUCAAAAUCAAGGACAUGGUGAUAGCCGGCAUACCGCUAACCGUGUUAUGUUUGGUGGUUCUCCAGUUGGCGGUCAACACGUGGGGCUACUCCUACUUCGAUCUCUCCACCUUCCCACAGUGGGCUUACAUCAAAAAUUCUUCUACCUCUCUGACGUCAUCGGUCAUGUCGAAAGACCUCGUCAAUUUAUCCACCACCACCACCACCUCCACCCCACCAUCGUUGUUGCAGUUUAACAAAAGCGAGGUGUAG